AAAGGAAUCUGAAGACAGCUAUGGUGGGAUGGAAGAUCUGUCAUAUAGCCGUAGUAACAGCUUAAUCAGCACGCGCUCCCAAAACCCGGAAGUCAACAGUCACGUGCUUCCACCACUGGCAUUUCAGAGAGUCCGGCGAUGUUUACUACGUAUUCCAUUAGAGGAGGGACAGGAAAUAAAGGAAGAGGCGAUAGAGAGACUCACCAAACAUGUUGUCAUGGAAACUUACGAUCCGGGCAAAGACGUUAUUCUAAAAGGAGAUUCCACGAAGGGGAUCUUUGUUAUAAUAGAAGGAAGUUUGAGCGUUCGGUCUGAGGAUGGGGGCGAAGUUUUCUCCAACCUCAGUGAAGGCGACUUUUUUGGAGAAAUCUCGUUGAUAUUUGACAUCCCGUGUACAGCGAGAGUUCAAACAGAUACAAGCUGUAUUUUAGCUCACCUGGAACCACAUUCCGCCAGGAGAUUGUUCCACAAAGUUAGUGUCGAUAUCAUCGAUUGGUUUGUUACACGUAGAUAUUUACCAACAAGCAGUGAUAUCGACGUCGAUCGCUGUUUUCGACGUAUGUCGUAUACAUACCUCAAAGCAUGUCCUGUAUUUAAAAAAUGGGGAGAGGAUUCGUUAAAAACCCUCAUCUUGGAUCUGGACCCGGCCAUGGUGGUAUUGUAUCAACCACACACAAGUGUCAUCUGUAUCAAUGACCCUCCCAUAGCCCUCGACAUCAUUAUCCGUGGAAGGGCUGUCGUCCAAGACGAUCAAUCAAAAACGUUGGUAACCAUUGAUGUUGGUAACCAAGGGGAUGACCCUGUUGUCAUUGGAGAGGAAGGAAUGUAUCUAGAACACCACAACAGGAUCUCUAUAACGACCACCACAUGUUGUGAAAUCAUACAUAUCAAAGAGGAAUGGAUACAGAACACGCUGGAUAAGUAUCCACAGGAUGCAGGGAGUUUCUGGAAACAAAGAAAAACAAAAUGGAGGGCACUAUUAAACAAGAAGGAAGAAAUUUAUCAACAAUAUCCAUCUCUUCUUCAAUUUGAGGUAAUCUACCAACUGCUGAAAAACAGCAGUGUUCUCUCCAAGUGUUCAACAGACUGUGUUCAAAACCUAGCCCUGUAUGGAAUCCCUGAACAGUACGAGGUGAAUGACUACGUAUGUAUUCAGGAGGAGAUAGAAGAUGGUAGUCUAGUCUUAGUGUUGGUUGGGGAGUUAGAACUGGUCACUGAUCCUGAUACCAGAUAUGCUUACACCGUCAACGAGGGGGAAAUUUUCUGUCCAAAUGAGUGGAUGAAGCCCCGUGUAAAGCUGGUGGCCAAAUCUGAGAGUCUGGCCUUUAAAAUUGACAGUAGUGUAGUGAAAGAGGCGUUAAAGAAGAAUCCAAGUUGUGAAUUAGUAUACCCUGUUCAACCAUUAUAAA